UCACGAUUCCCAUACCUGGUGCUUGCAGUCACAUAUAAACUUUCCACAGAAAGGAAUUUCAGGAUGGUAGCAGUGAUGAGAAAGGCUGAUGAAGGAAGUCCAGAGCAAUGGAGAAUGCUAUCCCUGAACCAAUGUACGUUGAUGUGGACAAAGGAUUGACAUUAGCCUGCUUUGUCCUCCUGUGCCUCUUCCUAAUUAUGAUGAUUAUCCGUUGUGCUAAGGUGAUAAUGGAUCCCUACAGUGCCAUCCCUACAUCUACCUGGGAGGAGCAACACCUGGAUGAUUGAAUGCCAUGUGGUGUCAGAGGAAAGGAGAGAGAUUCCUCCUACUGACAAGUUCACUUGAACAAACAGGACUCAUUACAAAUACUGAACCUAUUAGUAGAAUUCUGUGAAAGUGUUUACUAAAAAUUGCAUGUGUAUAAGUGCCUCAGCGAAGAUUAUGUUUGUCUUAAAUGACCUUUUAUGUUUAUAUCAUACAAUGCACUGGAUCGAUAGAACUGUAUAUCUUACAUGUAUGGAUUGUAGUCUUAGGGUAACAUAGG